AUACGUAAUGAACGACACGAAUAAAACAGCGUGCGAAUGACGCGCCAUUGCCCAUACCGUAGCGUAUAUAAAGCACCAUCACCCCGCGAAUCCUAUCCAUCUCAAUUUUCCUUACGCAAUGGGGAGAAGACCAGCGAGGUGUUACAGGCAAAUCAAGAACAAGCCAUAUCCAAAAUCGCGAUUCUGCAGGGGUGUGCCUGACCCUAAGAUCCGAAUCUAUGACGUCGGAAUGAAGAAGAAGGGUGCGGAUGAGUUUCCGUUCUGCGUGCACCUUGUUUCAUGGGAGAAGGAGAAUGUUUCCAGUGAGGCACUUGAGGCUGCUCGCAUUGCUUGCAACAAGUACAUGUCCAAAUUCGCAGGCAAAGACGCUUUCCAUUUGCGUGUUAGGGUUCAUCCUUUCCAUGUUCUCCGUAUCAACAAGAUGCUCUCCUGCGCCGGCGCCGACAGGCUCCAGACUGGCAUGAGGGGCGCCUUUGGCAAGCCGCAGGGCACUUGCGCUAGGGUGAACAUUGGCCAGGUACUUCUCUCGGUUCGCACCAAGGAUAACCAUGGUCAUCAUGCUCAGGAGGCUCUUGUGUAUGCUCAUUUUUUACCCUUUGUAUUUAUUGGAAAUGCUUGCUUGCUUAGUAAUUCUUUUUCAAUUUUCAGGGGAUUUACAAAGUUCAACCGAACAGAGUAUUUGAAGUUAAAGUCUGAGAACAGAAUUGUGCCUGAUGGUGUCAAUGCCAAGCUUCUUGGGUGCCAUGGACCUUUGGCAAAUCGUAAACCUGGACAAGCUAUCUUGCCAGCUACUGCUAGUGCUUAGGCCCUUUGAAUAUGUGGUUCAUUUUCCCUUACCUGGUGAAUAGGUGUUCCUAUCGACCACGGUAUUUACUGUAAUUAUAAGAAUAAACUGGGGUUAAGGGUCUUCAUUUUGUUUUAUUUAUGGAAGUAUGACUGUAAUUAUAAGAAUAAAACUGUGUUCAGGGUCUUCAUUUUGUUUAAUUUAUGAAACUAUGAAUUAUUGUUUUUGCAUCCAGUUUUCUUUCAAGAUGCAUUGGAAAUGUAGUUGCGCA